CUGAUGACGUCGCUCCUGGUUGGCAGUGACAGUCCGGUAUCCAACAUGGAGGGGAAGAAGACUUCUUCAGACUUGAUAGCAGGAGCCGCGUCAGUCAGGGAGAUGUUUCGGGACGAAUGCUACACUGAUUUUCUACGUGAUGACUUUGAUGUGAAGACCUACACCUCCCAGUCCAUUCACCAGGCUGUGAUCGCAGAACAGCUGGCAAAGCUGGCACAAGGCAUCAGUCAGCUGGAUAAAGAGCUGCAUGUCCAGGUGGUUGCAAGACAUGAAGACCUUUUGGCACAAGCAACAGGAAUGGAGUCUUUAGAAGGUGUUCUUCAGAUGAUGCAGACUCGUAUUGGAGCUCUACAAAGUGCAAUUGAUAGAAUCCGAACAAAGAUUGUUGAUCCAUAUAACAAAAUUGUGUCCCGUACCGCACAGCUAGCACGUCUUCAAUCUGCCUGUGAUUUGCUUCGGAGAAUCAUACGUAUCUUGUAUCUCAGCAAGAGACUUCAGGGUCAGCUGCAGGGUGGUAGCAGGGAGAUUACUAAAGCUGCUCAGAGUUUAAAUGAGUUGGACUACCUUUCUCAAGGAGUGGACCUUUCAGGAAUAGAGGUUAUCGAGAAUGAUCUGCUGUUCAUUGGUAGAGCGCGCCUUGAAGUUGAAAACCAGGCAAAGCGUCUGCUGGAGCAAGGGGUGGAGACCCAGAAUCCAACGCAAGUUGGGACAGCAUUGCAAGUGUUCUACAACCUGGGAACCCUAAAAGAUACCAUUAACAGUGUUGUGGAUGGUUAUUGCACAGCACUUGAUGAGAAUAUCAACAGCGCUCUUGAUAUAAAGGUUCUAACACAAACAUCACAAGCCGUCCAGAGAGGUGCCCCAGGUCGUGCAGCUAUGCCUCAGCCAGGGAACACAGCAGCAUUUCGUGCAGCCCUUUGGACAAAUAUGGAAAAACUAAUGGAUCAAAUUUAUGCCUCCUGUGUCCAGGUGCAACAUCUCCAGAAGGUUUUAACAAAGAAAAGAGACCCAGUGUCCCAUGUGUGCUUUAUUGAUGAAAUUGCAAAGGAUGGUCAGUCCGAUAUUCUGUACACGUUCUGGAAUUCUGUUACACAGAUACUUUCAUCUCAUUUUGAGAAGGCAACAACCUCUUCCACCUUCCUGAAGCAGGCUUUUGAAGGAGAAUAUCCUAAACUACUUAGACUGUACAAUGACUUGUGGAAACGUCUCCAGCAAUACAGUCAGAACUUACAAGGUUCCUUUACAAGUAGUGGCAACUCUGAUUUUGUCUCAGAGUUACAGCAAAUUGAAGAUGACACACGAGAUGUUUUCACAAUGAAGAAACUAGAUCAGGAUCCAGAGAAAAUGCUGAAAGACUCCCUGCAACCCUACGAAGCUGCCUACUUGUCUAAAUCCUUGUCUAGGCUCUUUGAUCCCAUCAAUCUGGUCUUCCCACCGGGAGGUCGAAACCCUCCUUCAGCUGAUGAACUUGAGAGCAUAAUCAAAACUGUAGUAAGUGAAAUGAAUGUGGCUGCUGUGGACCCCAAUCUCUGCAUUGCUGUCUCAAAAAACGUCGCAAAAACCAUACAACUUUUUGGUGUCAAGUCUGAGCAGCUGCUGUCUACUCAAGGAGAUGCAAGUCAGGUGAUUGGACCUCUCACAGAAGGUCAACGAAGAAAUGUGGCUGUGGUCAAUUCGCUUUACAGACUGCAUCAAUCCAUUCAAAAGGUUAUAUCAGGCCAGAAUUCACUUCCAGCAGCUGCAGAACAGAAUAUAACUGCCGCCAUGAAGACUAUUGAUAAUCUUAUGGGAAAUGCUGUGCAGCCUCUAAUUAAUUCUGUGGGUGACUCUGUUGAAGCCAUUAUCAUAACCAUGCACCAAGAAGACUUUUCAGGAGGCCUUAUGAGUUCAGGAAAGCCAGAUGUUCCGUGUUCCUUGUACAUGAAAGAAUUGCAAGGCUUUAUUGCAAGAGUCAAGAAUGACUAUUUCCGCCAUUUUGACUGCACUGAUUUUGUGUACGAUAAUACUGAAGCCAUUGCCCAGAGAGCAAUAGAACUGUUCAUACGAAAUGCAAGUCUCCUGAGACCACUUGGUGAAGGAGGCAAAAUGCGACUUGCGGCAGACUUUGCACAGAUGGAAUUGGCAGUGGCUCCUCUGUGCAGACGAGUUGCUGACCUUGGAAGGUCAUACAGGCUUUUGAGAUCCUUCAGGCCUUUACUGUUUCAGACCAGCGAGCAUAUCGCCAACAGUGCUUCUGUAGGCGAAAUCAUUCCUUACAGCGUCAUCCUCCAGUUUCUCUUCACCAGGGCUCCCCCAGAGCUAAAAUCCCCCUAUCAGAGGGCUGAAUGGUCAAUUGCUCGUUACUCCCAGUGGCUGGAUGAUCACCCAGCUGAAAAGGACAGGCUGGCUCUAAUAAGGGGUGCUUUGGAAGCCUACGUACAAUCAGUAAAGGCCAGAGAAGGCAAGGAAUUUGCACCUGUGUAUCCAGUCAUGAUCCAGCUUCUUCAGAAGGCAAUGUCAUCUGUACAAUAACUUCAAAGACUGACAAAAAAAAAUCUGCACAACUAAUGUAAUGAUAAAGACCAAAUGGGACAGUUAGGGAACUUUCACACUAGCGUUAAAGUUUUCCAGUAUUGAGUUUCUUCAUAGGGGCUCAAUACCGGAAAUAACGCUUCAGUUGUGUCCCAAUGCAUUUUGAAUGGAAAGCAGUCCGUUCAGUAUGCAUCAGGAUGUCUUCAGCUCAGUCCCUUUGACGGAACACUUGCCGGAAUGAUCGAGCAUUAUUUUCCGGCAUUAUGUUCCAUUGAAAUGCAUUAAUACCCGAUCAUUUGUGAGACGGAUCCACAUCCGGAUCCGUCUACAAAUGCUAUCCAUUUUCAUGCCAGAUCCGGAAUUAAUUUCCAUUGAAAUGUAUUAUUGCCCGAUCCGGUACCUAGUGUUCUGGAAAAAAGGAUCCGUUUUUUCCGGAGAGACAGAUGUGGUAUUUCAAUGCAUUUGUCAUACUGAUCCGGAUGAGGAAACAAAUGAUAUCAGUUUGCAUACGGAUUUACGGCUAUGGCAGGCAGUUCUGGCAACGGAACUGCCUGCCUGAUUCUUCUUACGCUAGUGUGAAAGUACCCUAAAUUUAUGGUUUUAGGGAUUUCAUGUUAUACAAACUAAAUCCAACUCAUCAAAAUUUUAUUCUGUACCCUAUUCUGCACACCUGUAUACGGUUCUAUUCAGAUACAUUGGGAGUGAUUUGUUAUGACUCCCGUACACCAGUUUAUAGCAUAAAAAGUAGCAUGGCUGUGACCCCAGCAAAUUCCAGGCUUAAAUGACUUAUUUGAAAUGUACUCCAGUCAGGGGCUGGAGUAAUUUUAAUCUAGGCACAUGGACUACUGAAGGAUGCACCUAAUUUAUGACCAAGCCUGCACCUCGUCAUAAAUUAAGGGCAUCCUCUGGCAACGCAGGGGAUAUCAAAGCUUUCAUAAAUGACCCCCAUUAUGUUAGCUUUCUUGGGUUGGGGUCACAUAUAUUGUAAUAAAUCAAUGUAGUACAGAGGAUGCCUGAUCAUGGAAUUUUUCUGUGUAUUUCACCCAUAGCAAAGUGUGAGACCUGUGGCCAAAUCCGCAUGUAACAUACACAAGCUAUGGAUUAGCAGGCUAGUUCCACAGCAGUGUGUGUGAAGCUACACUUCCUUACCUCCCUGAUCUUCCCAUCUGGACUAUUUUUCUGUUUGUAAACCAAAGGGUUCAUAAAAUAGGGGAGAUUUAUCAGAACUGGUGUAAAGUAGAACUGGCUUAGCGCUCAUGCCCUAAUAUCAUGAGUGCAGGACAAUAGUCCGGCGGGCGGCCCGAUGCGCAUAGCAUCAUAGUAACCUAUGAAGCUGUGCGCACUAUGUAUGCCGCUCAUGGACCGUAUGUCUCAGAGGGCAUAUGGUCGUGUGCAUGAGCCCUUAGUCACCCAUUGAAACCAAUCAGAUUCUACCUUCCAUUUUUCCAAGCUCCUUUGGAAAAAAGGUGUAAUCUCAUUGGUUCCUAUGGGAAACUAAGCCAGUUUUCCUUUACACCAGUUUUGAUAAAUGCAAAGUAAUUAUAUUUUUUAUUUAGCAAAUGCUAAGUAGUGUGUGCUUUCAAAUAAAAUGUUAUGUUAGUGUCAGUGGCCAUUCCAAACCUGUUUGUGUAUGGAGGUUGAAAAUCUGGGUAAUAAUAAUGAAGGCUGAGAUGGGAUUGACACAUUGGGAAUACUACCAAGCUUUUUCCUUCUUUGCUAUGAUUGCUGUCAGGUACCAUACCUCUAGCACCCACAAUGGCAAACAACCAUGUUUUCUCUAUUGGAAUUGUCAGGCAACUUUUCCUAGCAAUCAAUCUGUUCCACAUUACUCAGGUCUUAAAAAGGUUGCCCCAUCAGGACCACCCUGGUAUCUUAUGAUGGCAUAUAGGCAGUGCAAAUGGGCCAUAUUUACCAAUCAUAAAAAUAGCGUAAACUUAGGCUGUCCAGACCUGCACCAGAUUUAUCACAGGGGCUCCGGGUGGAUGGUAAAUUUGAUGCAGGGUUAGACACUUUUCUCUGACUCCAAAGUAAGCCAAUAGUUGGUAUAGACAGAUAUUUACACAACAAUUGUGCAUCUGAAAAAACGGUAGAAAUCCUAGAUGUGCCAAUUUGUGCCACUUUUUAGACAGAUUUUUGGUGCAGGCACAUUAAAUCUGGGCCAAUAAUUCUAACCCCCUCCUGACAACUAAAACCAAACAAGUGGCAAGGAGAAUUUGGCAGUGAUUUUUGUAAAAUAAAUGUAUAUGGAAAACAUCGCUGAGCCUCAGCUGCUAAUGAUGAAUAUGAAAUUGUAGUUCACAGAGAAUCAUUUAAUAAAAUCUUUCCUUUGUA